AUGGCAUCCGACGAAGAUGUAUUCUCGCAUCUAUCCAGUCGCCCUGACUACCUACUCGGCCCCAUGAUUACCGUCGACGAACCAGCAAAUCUAUGCACCCUCGCGCGCCAUCCUGGCCCUUCAUCCCUAGGCCGCCUCGACCCUCUAUCGCUCGAAAUAUUACAUGAGAUCUUAUAUCUAUUAGACAUCAAGUCUCUCUCUCGUCUUUCGCGCGUAUCCCACCGGGGUAGAGCCACGGUUGAGUCGCUACCAAUAUACCGCACUCUCAUGAAAUGCGUACCGGAUACCCUCAAGGCACUUGGUCAAACCCGUCUUCUUCGCUUCUAUACAGCUAAUCAACUGCGUGCCGUUUUACGAACUAAAGAUUGCGUUAUAUGUGGAAAAUUUGGUCCCUUUGUAUUCCUUCCAACCGCUGAACGAUGCUGCUAUUACUGUCAACUUUAUCACAAACGUUUUAGGAUGAUUUCUAUCCCGAGGGCUCAGACAAUCCAUAACCUCGAGCGGCGCGAGCUUAACAGACUCAAUGUUCUGAACACUAUCCCUGGCGUUUAUAAAACACAGGUGGUCAAAAAAUGGCGGCGGCUGAGGCUGGUUACUUACGACGCCGCGUCGAAACUUGCAAAGGCCAAGGUCGCGGAGGAACGCGCAAGGAAUAAAUCCUCGGCUCCUAUCCCAGGCACCAAUAUAACAACUUUUGGUGCUCCUGCUGGGGCUACCAAUGAUGGUCUCGACUCGGAAAAUCUAAUGUUGGCCUGUUGCAUGAUGCCAUGGCCUGAUUCGGAUGACAGUGAUUUGAGCCCACAGAAUAAUGAGUUCGGCGGUAUGUCAUCAAUACAAUUUCCAUAUUUGCGGCCUGACAACGUGCUUGAGCAUGGGCAUUUGUGCAAGGGUUGUGAGUGGGUAUAUUCGCACUACGAGUCCAAGGAUCUCCCUGACAGUGUGCUGUAUGACUUGGAACUCGGGAGUGAGUACCAAGUGUCUCAUGCACUUCAGGAGAAGAGCUUGCGGGUUAUGGUAAAGAGCGAGUUCCUAACGCACGUUGCAGAGUGUUACGGCGCGCAGAAAUUACUCGCUCUCCUCGAUACUGAAGGGCAACGUAAAUGA